GAGCAUUUGAAAAAUAAGGAUAGUUCAUUUGAUUGGGUUUAAAAGCGUGAAAACCAAAAGCCAUCAACGGCUGAUCUCAGUCAGGGUUUCUCCUCCGUAACUGCCGCAGCACUCGAAUCAGUCUCUGGAACCCCAAAAGAAUUUCAUCUUGAGCGAUGGUUGAAGAAAUGUCUAUCAAGAGAACCAAGGAGGCAGUGGAAGAGGACGUGCAACGGCUGAGGGACUGGCUCGACAAGCAGCCCCACCUUCCUCAAGAUGUUGAACACUCUCUUCUGCUGGCAUUCGUCUGUGGCACGAAAACUCUAGAAUCAGCCAAACGCAAACUGGAUAAUUAUUACUCAAAUCGUAAUAGGAUGGUGAAACUCUACGAUGAGGUAGCUAGAGAUGUGAACGCACAAUUCAGGGAGAAAUCUAGAGCUUUGAAUCAUUUCUUCUUGACAAAUACCACCCCUGAGGGUCACAUAGUGUAUUUUGUAUCAUUCAACGAUUGCUUUAGCAAAGUGUUUGACCACCCACACGAAGCGACGCGAAUGUUGAUGAUGCUGGAACUUCGCAUGAAGCAGUGGUCUGAUACGAGUGAAUUUGGGGGUUACUUCGUCUUUGACUGUGAUGGAGUACCUGCUUCGGCGAUCACAAUGGUAAAUUCCUCCAUCGUCGCCGCUAUUUUGGGUUCUUUUCAGGAUGGAUACCCAAUGAAGUUGCAUGGGUGCUUUUGUAUCAACGCUUCUUCCACGAUUGAAUUUAUAGUUAACAACUUGGUUAAGCCCGUGCUGAAAGCUAAGUUAUAUAACAGGACAAAAGUUUUCAAGGAAGGAGCGUCAAACCUAAAAGAGUACCUGCCAUUAGAAAUGUUGCCUUCCGAUUACGGAGGAAAUGACAAAUCUUCCGCUGAACUAAAUGAUUACUGGUUGGACCAACUGGAAGAAAAUCGAGAAUGGUUCCUGAAAUCCACAAGGCAGUCCUCAGACGAGAAGAAGCGACCUCCAGACUCCCAGAACACUUACGGAAUUGACGGCACCUUCAGGAAACUGGCAGUCGACUGAGCCAAAGAAUUACUUUUAUUAUUUUAUGCACAAGUAUAGUCACAGAAAGAUGACAGUAUCGCACAAAGUAUCUCUAUGUAAUAAUGCAUAUUUCUAUUGUGAUGUAUUUCUCAUGACUUAGCUAUACAGUUAUAGAAAAUAAUUUUAUCGAAUGAUUAUUGAUUUAUUGUAAAAUAAAAAAUAUGAAGUGUUGCAAAAUAGUCAUAA